AUGCGGUUCUUCAUACGACAAAGUCCACUGUACACCCUCUCCAGCCCCAUCGUCCUUCGUCGGAGCAUCGCAACAAUGCCUUCCAUCAAACGAAAAGCGACGUCUCCAGUUCGACCCUCUCCCAGCAAGAAACGCGCAACGACCUCACCAAAACCUGCCGCAAAUGGAUUCGAUCAUUCCCGUCCUGAAGAACAACAUGGAAUUGUGCAGCGAGAAUUCUAUCCGGCGGAGAUGAGCAAUGAGAGAUGUGCGCAAUACAAUAAUAAUGAGAUUCCUCGGCCGGUUGAAGUUCUCAAUGCGGCUCUUUUGAAAACCAAAGGUGCUCGAGAGAGUAUGUCAGGAGGACAAUGCGUGGUCCACUGGUUCAAACGCGAUCUGCGAAUCUCAGACAACAGAGCUCUCAGCGCUGCGAKCAAGAAAGCGAAAGAGUUGGGAGUACCUCUUAUCACGGUGUUUAUUGUCAGCCCGCAGGAUUAUCAGGCGCAUUUGACGAGUGCUGUGAGGGUGGACUUUGAGUCGAGGACUUUGGAAAUCAUGCAGAAAGAUCUGGCAGAGAGGGACAUUCCAUUGUAUACGACCACAGUGGAGAAGAGGAAGGAGGGAGUGAGUUUCUUGCUGCAAAAGUGUCAGGAGUGGGGUGCAAAACAUUUAUUCUGCAACAUGGAGUAUGAGGUUGAUGAGCUACGGCGAGAGGCUGAUCUAGUCGUCAAGGGGGUGGAAAAGAGUGUAGCUGUGGAUGUCCUGCACGAUGAUGUGGUCGUUGCGCCUGGAGAUCUCAAAAGCGGUGCAGGGAAACAGUACUCUGUCUACUCUCCUUGGUAUAAAGCCUGGGUCAGACAUGUCCACGAACAUCCCCAUCUCCUGGACGAAUCCCCUCUCCCCGAAUCGAAUCCGUCCAGUGCCAGGAAGACUUUUGCAUCCCUCUUCGAAACACCAAUCGCUUCCGCACCUCCCAACAAAUCUCUGAGCAAWGAGGAAAGAGAGAAGUUCCUCCAUCUCUGGCCUGCAGGCGAGCAUGCUGCCAAACAGCGCCUCUCGCGCUUCAUCGAGGAGAAAGUGAAAGCCUACAAAGACACCCGCAAUCUUCCCGCACUAAACUCAACAUCCUUGCUAUCAGUCCACUACUCCACCGGAACACUCGCAGCACGAACCGCAAUCCGCGCAGCCCGAGACGCCAACUCCAGCAAAAGUCUCGAUGCUGGCAAUCAAGGCAUCAUGACCUGGAUCUCGGAAAUUGCAUGGCGAGACUUUUACAAGCACGUUCUUGUGCACUGGCCGUACGUUUGCAUGCACAAGCCUUUUAAAUACGAAUACUCGGAUAUCGAAUGGGAGUACAAUGCCUCUCAAUUCGAGGCUUGGUGUGAAGGACGAACCGGCUUUCCCAUCGUUGAUGCGGCCAUGCGACAGAUGAAGCAGAUUGGCUGGAUGCAUAAUCGUCUCCGGAUGGUCGUUGGUUGCUUUCUCGCCAAAGACUUGCUACUGGAUUGGCGCAUGGGAGAGAAGUUCUUCAUGGAAAGUCUCAUCGACGGCGACUUUGCGAGCAAUAACGGCGGAUGGGGAUUCUCUGCCAGCACGGGCGUGGACCCUCAACCUUACUUUCGCAUCUUCAACCCACUACUACAGAGUGAGAAAUUCGAUGCCGAUGGAGCAUUCAUCAGGAAGUGGGUGCCGGAGUUGAAAGAUGUGCAGGGUAAGGCGAUUCAUGAUCCUUAUGGGAGGAAAGCCGGAGCACAGGCUGCGAAGGCGGGAUAUCCCAAGCCGAUUGUUGAUCAUAAGGAGGCGAGGACGAGGGCUUUGGAGAGGUAUAAGGGUGGAUUGGGGAGGGCUACGGCUAAUGUUGGGGGUGGUGUGCAUAAUUGA